AUGGAGCCUUUCACUUGGUCGACACUUCAAGCACUGAACAAAGUUGGCCUUGAGUCGUCUCCUUUUCGUAUCUUUGAUAAGAACCCAUUGGAAACUAACCUCCGGUAUUAUCCUUGGCUUAUCAUAGAGCAUAAGAGAGAAAAGGAUCAAAAUGAAGGUCUCGAACGCGUUUUUAACCGCCAAGCCGCCAACGCCGCAGCUUGUGCAAUCAACUUGGUCCAGCAGACAUCUCAAUAUGCUAUUAAGUUUACCAGACACGCGCACAUCCCUCCGAUUCCUACAAUUACCAUUGUUGGAUCUUUUGUCACCGUCAUGCGAGGGAUCUGGAAGGGCGACAUCAAAAACCUUGCCGACAUUCUGGCCUUUCAUAUGAUCAUUGACAAUGCACAUACGUGGGUAACCCGAGUCCUCAAGCCUCUUAUCGCCACGUACAUCGAGCAGUGGAGACAUAUACACAACGAGCAACAGACGGGAAUGGUUGCAGACCUAUUACUGACCUCUGAAUCACGAGCACUUCGUGAGAAAGAUAUCGAACAGCGAAAACUCGUCGUGCCUAUGGUUCGCGAUCUACUAGAUGCUCCGUCUGGAAUGGAAUUGGAUGAUAUGGCACAUAAAAAGGUCACGCCGCUGUUCCUGGGGAUGCUGAUACAUCAUAUAUGCUCCAUGGAGAGACAAUUAAUUUCCAAACAAAUCGAAAAAACGGUAACAGAGAGGCUGCAUCUCCUUGUGGCGAGUAGUUCCACAGUUACGACUAAAGUUGAAGCCGUUCACCGAGCUCAGGCAACAGCACAAUUGCCGAUCCGAGGCCAUCGCGAAGAGACAGCACAAACAGCUAGCUCAACACAAGAAUCCGAGCUUGCAGAGGUGGAUGAUGACGGCCUAGAUGAUUUUGACUAUAAUCCUACAAACUAUGAGUCAAGAUCAAGAUCACCCGCAGGCACCCCCCAAGAUGAUGGCGAUGCUCACUCUGAGGUUGCCGUUUCUGUAUCCUCUACUUCAGCCUUUUCCCAUAUGUCCUUUUCCGACGACACAACGCUCUUAUGGAAAACUCCUGAAACACCAAAUGCUGGAUCAAGUAGCAGGAAUGGAUCUGAAAGGCCCGACGUUCUUGGUCGACUGUCCACGCAGCUAUCUGAGGGCUCUGACGACGAGACUCCGAAGCCAAGCUCGGUGAGGCAUAAGCUUGAUUUCAAUUUUACAUCCCCAAUUUCAGGUUCCUCUCUUGAGCGGCUAGGAGCAAAUGCACUCGAUGGGUCACCGGUGUUCGCAGGUCGACCAUCACCCAGUCAAUCAAAGUGGCCACCUGGACGAAUGUUUGCCCCUCCAGAAACCCAAAGGUCUCCCAGGUCUCUCAUACAACGGAGUGACAUAAGUGCAUCCCCUCCUGUAGAUGUCAAGUCGAAACAGUGUAUUGAUUUGACGAGCGACAGUCAGGAAGACCACCGAAAUACCGAGGAGCGAGUUGCCAGGUGAUGUGGUUGACAUAACUUGGGCUUAGGACUUUCCAGUUCAUCACACACAUUCCUUUGUCGCGGCAGGUCUUUUUAUACCUAUACAUUCCUUCUACCGGUGG